AUGACAGAAAUAUCAACUAAGGAAGAAACGCUUGUUCUCCAAAAUGGUCAAACAGAUCACCAAGAAAAUCGGACGAAAAGAUCUGGAGGUUUAAUGAAGUUAUCCAGCUAUGUAUUAGCCCUACGUCCAUGGUCACUUAGUGCAAGUUUAAUGCCUACUUUAUUAGGAUCGACGUUAUCUUACAAGUAUCCUGGAUCUUCAGACUUUAAUUAUAUUACUUUGCUUCUAACUGUUUUGACAGUUGUAACAGUACAUGGUGCCGGGAAUGUAGUGAAUACCUACUUUGACUAUGUAAAAGGCAUUGAUAACAGAAAAUCAGAUGAUAGAAUUCUUGUGGAUCAUAUACUGUCUAAGGAUGAAGUUGUGUCCUUAGGAGCUAUGCUAUAUUUUGCAGGAUGUGUUGGGUUUAUCCUACUUGCCAAUCUAUCUCCAGCAAAAAUGGAACAUUUAGCUUUGGUGUAUUUUGGAGGAUUGUCUUCAAGUUUUUUAUACACUGGUGGUAUUGGUUUUAAGUAUAUAGCUCUUGGAGAUGUGUUAAUUUUAAUAAUAUUUGGCCCUAUAUCUGUUUUAUUUGCAUUUAUGUCACAAACUGGAUAUCUGGAAUGGGCUACCAUUUACUAUGCCAUACCUUUAGCAUUAAACACAGAGGCUAUUUUACACAGUAACAAUACUAGAGAUUCAGAGUCAGAUAAAAAGGUUGGAAUUGUAACUUUAGCUAUUAUAAUAGGACAUACAGCUUCUCAUGUACUUUACGCUUUUCUGUUAUUUACUCCUUAUAUUAUGUUCAUGGUAGUUUCAUUGAAAUAUUCAAAAUGGUUCAUGUUACCACUAAUUACCUUACCUGAAGCAUUUAAAAUUGAAAAGCAGUUUAGAUCUAAAGAUAUUCAUAGUGUUCCAAAAAAGACUGCAAAAUUAAACUUAUUUUUUGGCAUUCUCUAUGUCAUAGCAUGUAGUAUGGUAUCUGAAUUACCUUAUAUUAUAAAAAGAUAA